AUGGGCGGGGGCAUAGGCAGCCACGGGGGCGGCAGAGGCGGCGGCGGCACCUCAUACCUGCCCCAAAUGGAUUUGGACCUGGACCUGCACGGAGACCUGGAUGUGGACGUGCACGCCCACGUGGCCCGCGCCCUGCUGCAGCCCCGGCAGGUGCUGCGGCCCCCGCGAGCACUCCUGAGUGGGUUCCACCGCCAGCAGCAGGAAGACGCCCACGAAUAUCUGCUAUACGUGCUGGAUGCCCUGACACAUGCCUGUGGCCAAGCUGCACCAGCACAGGCCCCUGGGCCAGCCCACAUCCACAAGCCCUUGCACAGCACCAGCUGCGAGGACUCUGGGCUGGUGCCCAGCAUCUUCGGCGGGCUGUGGAGGUCUCAGAUUCGCUGCCUCCACUGCCACUCAGUGUCAGAGACCUUCGAACCUUACCUGGACAUCGCCCUCAACAUCCAUGCCGCCUCCAGUGUGGAGCAAGCUCUGCGGGAGCUGGUGAAGCCUGAGCGCCUGGACGGGGACAACGCCUAUGAGUGCGGACACUGCCAGCACAAGAGAGCCGCCUCCAAGACCUUGAGCCUGCACAGCCCUUCGCAGGUGCUCGUGCUGGCCCUGCAGCGCUUCUGCCCCUGGAGCCACAGCAAAGACGCCAAGGCCGUGGCCUACCCACAGGAGCUGGACCUGCGUGAAUACACGUCAAAGCCGCAGGGACCGCCUCUGCUCUACGGCCUCUACGCCAUCCUGGUCCACGUGGGCUGCACCCCCCACAGCGGACACUACCUGGCCUAUGUGCAGAGUGCCCAAGGACUCUGGUAUCAGAUGGACGACGCUCGGGUCACCGCCUGCCACGUGGCCUCUGCCCUCAGCCAGCAGGCCUAUGUCCUCUUUUACCUGCGCAAGACACAGCUACCCCAGCAACAGCAGCAGCAGCAUGCACAGCCUGGCCUGCCGACCAGCCCCGAUGAGCCCCAGAGAGACCAACGCCUUCCCAGACUGCAGCCGUCCCCGCAGCAGCCAUGCCAACCAACACCACCAGCACAGAUGACUUUGGACCAGUGGAGAGCUCUCCAGGAACACAAGCGGCCCACGACCCACUUGCAGCUCAGGACAGUGCCAGGUGACCUGCCUGCCCAGGCUGUGCUCAUCCACCCCUCCACAGGAGGCAAGGCAUGGGCCAGGCCACACAGCCCUUCCUCAAAGGAGAACACCGCCCCCAGCGCUGAACCCACCAACACUGCCUCUGCGACCACCACUGCUCCAGCCACGACCAGAGCCACCAAGAGGAGGAACAAGAAGACCCACAAGAAGAUGCUGCUCACCUUGCCCAGCCCUCAGCCCUGCCAUGCCUAUAGGUGCUGA